AUGGAACCAAACUCCACUUCAUCAACUAAUGCUACUGCAAAAAAUGCGAGACGGCGAAGAAAACUAAUAUUAGCUCAUAGGCGACGUCUGCGUAAAAAUUUGACCGGGAAACCACAAACCGUCGUGCUACAGCCAGUUUCAUCCCCCAUGCAUUACCAAACACAUUCACAUGACUGUGAUAGUUCCAUGGGUCCAAGACAUUUAUCAUCUGGAUAUGCUUUUACUACUUGCAUUGAAUCAGGGCAAUCUUCAAAUGCUGCUUCAGUUACUAGAAAAAGGAGGAGAGAAAUAUUGUCCAACAGAAACAAUGUUUCUAAUCACCCAAACAAAGAGAAUUUUCCGGUCAGCAAACAAGGUGUUGUAAGAACCACUCAAACACCAGCAUCAUCUCACCGGCUCCCUCUUUCUGCCAACCUGUCUAACCAUAUUAACAUUGCACCCUCCGAUACACAUUUACAUCGACAAUUGCCGCAAAAAAGGAGGAGAACAAUUCCCACUGCUGCCAAUAACCUGUUGGAAACUUUUAACCAAACCAUUCCCCAUACUUCCAAUACUGACCAUGCUUCUACUUCCAAUGCAUGCAACAAGACACUCAAUGUAACACCGCGUAUUGACAGAGCGGCUAAUUUCACAGAUGAUUCAUACUCUGACUCCGAAGAUGACGUGAACUUGGGAUAUUCUUCUUCUGAUGAUGAUCAAAGCAUUCACAAUGAUGAUCAUGUGGACUCACUUUUAGAACAAUACUCAGACAUAGGAGAUCGAGUUUGGGAUUGCCCAUUUUGUCAUGCCUCCAUGUGCGUUGCUGAUGGAAGAGGACCACCUACUUUACGCCUGCACGGUCAAACAUGUCAUCGAAUUGGGACGUUGAUGCCGGAAGCUGGAAAUGAUCCCCAAUAUGCUCAACUAUAUAUAUUUGACACUGACAAUGAAGUCAAUAACAGAAUGAAAUGUUUCAAGGACAAUGAUGCUCUCAGCAGGGAUAUUGUUCGUGAGUUAAAGGAUAUGUUGGACGAAUGCAAUCAUCAUGCAAAGGAAUUUCGAAUGGCAAGAGAUCUUUUGAGAGGAAAUGCAUUCUUAGACUUGAAGAUACGAUUGAUCAGUGAUAGGGCUGAAGAUGGCUGUGUGUACAAUACGCCUACUAUGUCAGAAGUGGCUGCUCUGAUUGUUGGAGAUAUCGAUCCUACAACACCGAGAGACAUCAUCGUCCAUGCACGCUAUGGCCAUUUGCAACAAAUAACUGAAUUUCAUCCUGCCUACUUAGCCUACCAAUACCCUCUCAUUUUUGUUUAUGGGGGGAUGGAUAUAGGAAAAAUAUACUACACAGAGGCAAUCACGUUGCUUCACUCAAGACGGCUUUUUCAACAGUUUUUGGUUGAUGGAUUUUCUAUGAUGGAGUCUGAACGUCUCAAUUGGUUAAGGACCAACCAAUCCAAGUUACGAGUUGGAAAAUAUAAUCAAUUGAACGAUCAAACUAACGGCGCUCAUUCGAAUUCAGCACCAAAGCGAGGAAAAAGGGUGGUUUUGCCAUCCACUUUUGUUGGGAGCAAGAGGUACAUGGAUCAGUUAUAUUUUGAUGGAAUGGCCAUUUCAAGUCAAUUAGGCUUCCCAGAUUUGUUUGUUACGUUUACUUGCAAUCCUGCUUGGCCGGAGAUAGAACGCGCUUUGUCCAGCACUGACUUAAAGCCACAUGAUAGACCUGAUCUCAUAACCAAAGUAUUCAAAAUCAAGUUUGACGAGCUCAUGACUGAUAUAACGAAGCGCCACGUCCUCGGCAAGGUUAUUGCAUUUAUGUACACAAUUGAGUUUCAAAAACGAGGAUUGCCACAUGCUCACAUAUUGAUUUUUUUACACCCUCAGAAUAAAUAUCUAACACCAGCUGAUAUAGAUAAAAUCAUAUCUGCAGAAAUUCCUGAGCCAAAUGUACAUCCAACAUUGUACAAAUUGGUCUCGGCCCACAUGAUCCACGGCCCUUGCGGUGCAGCGCGGAUGAAUUCACCCUGCAUGGAAAACCGAAAAUGCUCAAAAUUCUUCCCGAAGCGUUUCCAAGAAGAUACUGUUGUUGAUGCAAAUGGCUAUCCCCUAUACAGAAGACGGGCUAAUUCCCAUAUCAUCCAAAAAAAUGGUGUUUCUUUGGACAAUCGACACGUUGUACCUUACAAUACAACAUUCCUAUUGAAAUAUCAUGCACAUAUUAACAUGGAGUGGUGUAACCAAAUUACAUCAAUCAAAUAUCUAUUCAAAUAUAUUCACAAGGGAUUUGAUAGAAUCGGAGCAACAAUUUCAACUUCUAACAACGGAUCGGGAAACGACAGAGAGCCUGUUGAUGAAAUCAAACAGUAUCUGGAUUGUAGAUAUGUCUCUCCGAGUGAGGCGUGUUGGAGGAUUUAUUCCUACAACAUUCAUGGCAGGAAACCGACGGUCGAACAUAUGUAUUAUCAUUUAGUAGGUGAGCAAGCAGUUUACUACCCGGAUCACGCAAGAAUGGAAAAUAUUUUGGAAAAAUCAAGUGUAACGGAGUCUAUGUUUACUGCUUGGUUUGUUGCUAACGGGAAAUACGAGGAGGCAAGGUCACUGACAUAUGGUCAAUUUGUCACUAAGUUUGUUUACGAGAAAAAGAGCAGAACAUGGAAACCGCGGAAAAAGGGCUUCACCAUUGGUCGGUUAAUUUGGGUUCCCCCAACCACUGGAGAGUUCUUUUACUUGCGACUGAUGUUGACGGUGGUUAAAGGACCCUUAACUUUUGAAGAAAUUCGCAAAGUUGGUGACACACAAUUAGAUACUUUUAGGGAUGCCUGCUUUGCCAUGGGAUUCCUAGAAGAUGACCGAGAAUACAUUGGGGCAACACGCGAGGCGAGUGAAUGGGGUUCAGGUCAUUUUCUCCGCAAGCUUUUUGUAGUAAUGCUUUUGUCCUCCGCUGUUAAUAGGCCUGCUCAUGUUUGGAACGAGACAUGGAGUCUACUAUCUGAUGGUCUGCUGCAUCAGCAAAGACAAUUAGCUCACAAUACAGAUUUGGUGCUCACGGAAGAGCAGUUGAAGAAUUUGACAUUAACGGAAAUUGAAAAAAUACUGCAAGCAAAUCGAAGAAGCCUCGCAGACUUUAAACCUAUUCCAUAUCCUGAUGGAUACGUUCUACAACAGUUAGGGAACAGGCUGGUUUACGAUGAACGGAGUUAUGAUGUGUCUACAAUGAGAACCCAAUUCACGUCACUUUUCAAUGCGCUGACAGGUGAGCAAAGGUCAAUAUUUGAUAAAAUUAUGGCGUCUGUUAGAGCUCAAAAGGGUGUUGUGUACUUCCUACAUGGUUACGGUGGCACCGGUAAAACUUACAUGUGGCGAACACUAGCAAGUGCAUUGAGGUCCAAACAUGAUAUAUAUCUUACCGUGGCAACGAGUGGAAUAGCUUCUUUAUUAUUGCCCGGUGGUAGAACGACACAUUCUAAAUUCAAGAUACCUGUCCCAACAAUGGAGAAUUCAACAUGCAAGAUUGACUAUGAUGAUGACGUAGCAGACCUUUUACGACAGACAAAGCUUAUUAUCUGGGAUAAAGCACCAAUGGCACACAAACAUGCUUUUGAAGCACUCAAUCGAACUUUGAAGGACGUCAUGUCUAAGUACAGUAAUGCGAAGGAAAUCUUUGGUGGAAAGGUAGUUGUUUCCGGAGGUGAUUUUAGACAGAUUUUGCCUGUUGUUCCUAGAGGUGGUCGUUCUGAUAUCGUACAUUCUGCCAUAAAUGCUUCUUACAUAUGGCGCUCCGUUGAAGUUUUAACUUUAACACAUAACAUGCGACUGCAAUCCGGGCCAAAUGAAGCUGAAAAAAAGGAAAUUGCCGACUUCUUAAAGUGGCUAUUGCAAAUUGGUGAAGGCAGACUUUCUGAGCCAAAUGAUGGCUUUGCCGACAUUCAGCUGCCACCAGAACUGUUGAUCACAGAUUACACAGACCCAAUCGUCGCCAUCGUUAAUAGUACUUAUCCUGAUUUUAGCGAAAAUUACCAGUCUAACGACUACCUCAAAAGUAAGGCGAUACUUGCUUCUACGUUUGAAGUUGUUGAUAAAAUCAACAAUCACGUCCUUGAUCUGAUGCCAGGGGUCACCAAGGAUUACUACAGCUCAAACACUGUCGAGAGGUCUGAAAUUCACGACACCAAUGUAGUCAAUAUACUCACACCCGAGUUUCUCAGUUCGCUAACUACUUCAGGGUUACCUAACCACCCCAUUAGGUUGAAGGUAGGAACACCUGUUAUGCUUAUGCGUAACAUAAAUCAGUCGGAGGGUCUGUGUAACGGUACAAGGGUAAUGAUAACUAAGAUGGGAAACCAUGUCAUCGAGGCGAAAAUAAUGGCGGGAAAGGGUUGUGGAAACUUGGUCUACAUCCCUCGAAUGGAUAUGUCUCUCUCGCAAUCUCCUUGGCCCUUCAAACUCAAACGGCGUCAAUUUCCAAUAAUUGUCUCAUAUGCGAUGACGAUCAAUAAAUCUCAAGGACAAUCUCUGGACAAAGUAGGACUUUAUUUGCCAAGAUACGUAUUUACUCAUGGCCAAAUCUAUGUGGCACUGUCAAGGGUAACGACGAAGCAAGGAAUCAAAGUUUUGAUAUACGACAAAACCGACAAGUUGAAGUCUACUACUACAAAUGUUGUGUAUAAAGAGGUUUUCCAUAACAUAUAA